UCUUUGGAUUGUUCAGCAAUUUCCUGUUUGGAAUAAAUUCAACAUUCAAAAGGUUGUCAAACAACAUAGCUAAAUUGGAAAAAUAUCCUUCUCACAAAAGAAAAAAAAGAAACAGAAGAAGGGCGCAAUAGAGAUGGUAUUGCUAAGGCUACGCAUAGCCGUAAUUGGCGCCUCCACCUCAGGCAAAACCGCCUUUGUGCAGAUGCUGCACAGCAAUGGCACCACCUUUCCAAAAAAAUAUCUCAUGACCAUGGGCUGCGAUUUUGUAAUAAAGGAAAUUAAAGUAAAAGAAAACGACUCAGUCGAGGUCACGAUGCUCGAUGUGGCGGGUCAAGGGCUAUAUGAACAAAUGGUCCCGACCUAUCUUGAGUGCGCCAAUGCCUUUAUUCUAAUGUAUGAUAUAACGAAUCGAUCGACCUUUGAGGAAUGUGAAAAAUGGGUUAAGAAGCUGCGGAAUGUGCGGUGUGAUCUUCCCUUGCUUCUGGUGGCGAACAAAACGGACUUGAUGGAUAAAAGCGAGGUGAGUGAUGCCCAUGCACAGUCGUUCGCGGGGGCUAACAAAAUGAAGUAUUUCAAGUGCUCCGCCUUGCGGGCCACCGGCAUCGAAGAACCGGUGGAAGCCCUUGCACGCCAAUUUUUAGAAAACUACGAGAAUCGGUUGGAGCUACUUUCUCAAAUCUCUUGAAGGGUAAAAUUUUUUUAGGUUGCUACGGACUGGAUGUAUCCACAGAAUAUAGACGUGUAGAUUCUGAUUCUUGUUUAUCUUAUUUGAGUUUCUGUGCUACCUGCAAUGUACGAUAAUUUUUUGAAAAAUUCGUAUGAGAUACCGGCAUGAACAUUGACUUUUGUUUGAUGUGAU